UCUGUGGAAAUGUUGGUAUGGUGGGGGACAGAUACAAAAUCCUUUUCCGCGGACAUCAUAAAAUGAUUCAAUCCGAUUAAUGGUCCGUUGUACAUUCCCCACUGUUUCCUGUAACGCAUAAAUCAUUAAAGACUAGGGUUUUUGUUAAUACUGUUGCGGAUUCAGUGGAAAGUAUUUGCUGGAAAUCGUUAUGGGAGACAUCGGUUUGCAGAUCGGGGAAAUUUAGACGGUUCAAAUCCGUUAUCUAUCGACAUUUUAUUCGGCAAAAGAGAAGGUUGUUCGUUUUGAAGGCUAAUGUGAUAGAUUUAGCCUGUCCAGCUUAAAGUUUUCGGUGUGAGAAAGUUCGUAAAGGAGAGAUGCUAGGUCUUAUAUCUCAUCUCCCUUAUCUUCAGAAGUGUGGGUGUUUAAGAAGCCCCAUUUUGCUGACAUAGAGUUCUGGACCCCAGAAGCUCUUCAGAGGAAAUCACAGCUUAGUGCUUUAGCAAUUGUCAUAUGUUCAUGGUUGCUAAAAUUAUUUUUAAUGCGGGGAGGCUUGCUAUUGUGUGUGCAUGUGGUAUUGGUAUUUGUGCAAUGACAGAGAUCCUGUAAUGAAGCUUCUAGUAAGAACCUAGAACCCAUGUUGAAAUUUUAAUGAAUCUGAUCCUGGACCUUUUGAGGCUUUUGCCAUGGAGUCUGGAUCACAGUUAUCACAAACCUUUUCCACGUCUAUUCAGGAACCUCUAGAAUCUCCUGAUGUUGGUGAGUUAAAUAAUGGCUCUCCUGGUUCUGGUGGUCAGAAUAAUUUCUGGUGCUACUUGUGUAAAAAAGUUGUUUCUGCAGAGCCAGAACAACCGGGAGACAAUUUGGCAAUGGUUUGCUCCGAUUGUCAUGGUGGCUUCAUUGAGACUGUGACUGCAGCUCAGUCGUUGCCUGAUAUGGGCCGUUCUCAUUACCGCAGGCAUCGAAGGAGAGGAGAUAGUUCUGGUCAAAGUGUGGAGAGUGUAGAAAGUGUGUACUCACAGCCUGUCUCACAAUUGCUUCAGCUUCUGGGUCAAAAUUCACUCGAGAACUCAAUAUUUGAUCAGGGUCUUCGUUCUGACCAAGAACCUGAUUCAGGGAGAAAUGUAAUGACAGAUGAUGAAGCCUCUCGCCUUACUAUAACCCACCCUUUCAGCCAAAGAAGAGCUGCUGCAUCAAGUAUGGGGAGUGAAGGGUAUGAUCAUAUGGAGUCCUUUUUAGGUGAUAGUGAUACUAACAUUACCUUCAGUGGACAUGGAGCAUAUUUAGGAGAGAGUGAUGGAAAUAUUACUUUUACUGGGCAUGGAGCUAAUUCAGAUGCCUCAGGAGAUGUCUUGGGGGAUGGCCAUAAUUUUCUGGAUGGUGAUAUGUUCCUAAUUCACCAGGACGAGGAGAGUCAUGCUGAUGGAGAUAGUGAAUCUGGGCUUGAGACUGUACAUGCAGGUCGAUAUGAUUGGGAUUCUGUAGAUGAGAAUGAUGAUGGAGAAUGGGAAGCAGGAGGUGAAGAUGAGUUUGGAGUUGAAGGCAGAGAAGGAAUGGGAGAAACAAGAGGAGCUUCAAGUGCUGAAGAAAGUAGUGAACAAUCUGAUCACCGAUCACAAGUACGGUCAAGGAGAACAAGGUGGGAUCUUCGUAGACAUCAGCGGAGGAGGAUGAACUUUGAGAUUAAUUUACGUGAUUUCAUUCCAGAUGUCUUUGGACGUUUUGCAGGUAAUAAUUCUGAGGCAAGUUUGGAGCUUCGUGAUGGGCCGUUCUAUGUUGGGAAUCCUGGAGACUACCUUGAUGCAAGGGGUUUCGAGCAGCUAUUACAACAUCUAGCUGAGACUGAUAACACUAGGAGGGGAGCACCUCCUGCUGCACAAUCUGCUAUACAGAAGCUGCCUUUGAUUUAUAUUGAGAAGGUGCAUGAGGAGGAUGGGAGCUCAGUAUGUGCCAUCUGUAAAGAUUCUCUAGUGCUUGGGGAUCAAGCCAAACAGCUUCCUUGCAAGCACCUGUAUCAUCCUGAUUGCAUUUUGCCAUGGCUGAGUGCUCGGAAUUCAUGUCCAGUUUGUCGUUAUGAGCUACUUACCGAUGACCAUGAAUAUGAAGAAGAGAAGAGAAAUGCAAUUAAUAGAGCCAAUCACAAUUAUAAUGAGCAUAACUUCACUCAGGAAACCUAUUCUGAAUUCUCCACCAACACGGAUGAUUUGGAGAAUGUUGGUUCUGAGCAACAUGAGGCAGAAAGUUUACUAGAAACAUUCAGAGCACUUGGAAGCCCUGAUCUUACUGAUUUUGAUGAAGAACUCCACACAGAGGGAAUACCUACUCAUGAAAUGGAAGAAGAGCAUGCUGUUUCAGAACAUGCUCUUCUGCAAGAGACUGAUCAUGAGGUUACUGACAGUUUUUCUGAAAGCAAGGAAGUAGCUGCUUCGCAAACUUCAGGAAGAGGAUGGUUAUUUUUGGCUGCUGGGCCUGUUUUAAGUGUUGUUGGCCUUGUACUGGUUUUGUGCUUUGGAAACCGUUUAAUAGGUGGUAGGAUUCAGCAUAAUAACACACAACAGUACUUCCAGAAUUCCCAUGUACAGCAAAUAGUUCCAAAUGAAGUGAACAACCGGAGGAGAUGGUGGAACCUUUUCAGGAGGUGAGAAGAUUGAAAAGUCACCAAGGUGUUAAUUUAAGAAAUUUAAAUGGCUCCUCUGAUGUUUGAUUUUGGCUGUUUAGAUUUUGGGACUAUGGUUUUUUUUGACCUGAAUGUGGCGGCGAUGCAGGAAGCACCAUUGGAUCUAUAUAUAUAUUUCUGGUUUGUUACAGUAGAAAUAUUUUAUAUUGUCUCUCCAAUAUUGUUUCAAACCAGAAUUUUAGAUCUGGUUUAGUGAUGGAACAUGUACAAAAGACAAAGAUGUUGGUUUAACAUGGCAUAACAGAUGUAAUUAAUAUUAAACUAUUGUUUCUACGAA